AUGAUUCCACGAAAAGAUGAUGAUACACCUGACCAAAUCAGUAUUGGAAAAAAAGAUCAAGAUAUGGAAUGUCAGGAUGAAAAUGAUGAUCUUCAUGAAAGCCAAGUCAUCGAAAUGCUUCAAAACAUCGAAUCUCAACCAGACAAUUUACAAGUAAUCUUAGAUUUUUAUUCAAAAUAUAAAUACACGUAUGGAUUCCAAGAAAUGUUUCCAUUUUUACAAUUUGUUAUUAUGAAUGCAGAUCGAGUUCCUGAAUAUCGAACAUUAUUUUAUCAAAUUUUUCGUCUUAUUAUAACAGAUAAGGUAGCAGAUCAAUUUAUUCAAACACCAAUAGCUAGUGAGCUAUUUACUGCUUUUCCAAACUUUGGUACACCAUUUAUUUUUCAAUUUUUUGUCAUACACAGCGAAUAUAUUGCUAAUUGUCUAAUCCAAUGGAACGUUGUACAAGCUUUAAAUCAAUUUUUCGACUCUCCUCCAACAUAUGAAAGUAUAAUUGUCGAUGUUUUAUGUUUUAUUGAAGCAAUGACCGAUUACAAAGGUACUGCUUUCGAUAAUAUGUUAUCUUUAUAUAAUAAAUUACGUGAUUUUACAUUUGCUAAUCCACAUUUAGUAAAAUAUACAUUUAAAGCUCUUACAAAUUUCAUGUAUGACCAAAAUUGUGCGCUUAACUUCCUACUUAAUCCAUCGCUUCAGGAAAUGCUUGAGAAAGAAGAUCCUGCAAUGAUAAUUCCUGAAUUAGAAUUAUUAUUAGAUUAUACAUUCGAUGACUCAGAUAAGAAGUACAAUGAGUUGAUCUCAGGUACAGACACUACAUGCGUUAGAUCUAAGGUUGUUAAUUUAAAGGAAGUUCUGAAAAAUCAUCAUUUGUUCCUUUUUGAUUAUUUUUACAGUUUAUUAGAGAAAUAUGUUGAUAAUGAAGAUAUAUUUCAAUCAGUACUUGAAUCAUUGUCUAAUUUAUCAAAUUUGUCCAAUUUUGCGGAAGAAUGCGAAUCAUUAGGUAUAACUAAGUAUUUAAUCGACUCUUUGGAUGGGAAAUAUAGUUUUACAGUCAAGAAAUCAAUGAUAAAGUUCUUGUUGGUCAUUGGAGCGACAUCACAAAAUCAACAAUUUCGAAAUUUAGUUGAAAUGAAUUUCUUGAAUUAUCUUUCAGACUAUUUCGAAGAAAUUCAAUAUUCUCUAUUCGAUGAUUUGAUGUCUUUCUUAUACCACCUUAACUAUAUGCAGGAAAUGUUUGAAGAUGAAGAAUUAUCUGAUUUAAUUCAACAAUUUGUAGAUGAAGUUGUAAUUGAUAAAUUAAAUGAAAUGCUCUUAGAACCUGAGAAAUUAUAUGAAGUUGGUGAUCCAAAUGCUGAAGAAGGACCAUAUUAUAAUAUUCAAGGUUUUCUUGGUAGAUAUGAUUGUGAAUAA